UUCAUAGCGGUGUUUGAAUUUAGUAUGCUACCCUCUCUAUUCUGACUGUCUCACUUUAUGCUCUUUUAGAGGAACAAUAAUAAAAAAUGCCACCCAAGGGCUUUUUGUUAUCUAAUAAGCCAAUUGUCUUGUGGAUUCACGAUCUUGGCUUAACUCACCAUAAUGAUGCUAUUGUCAAUCCAGAGAUAUUCCCUAAUUUCAGAGAUGGUCAACUGUUGAGAAUUCAUUGUCCACCCGAGCAAGAGAAAGAUCAGCAAAUACAAGAACAAGAGGCCGCAGAGUAUGUUAUUGUUAAAGGAUAUGCGCCAGAUAAAGAGAGCUUGACAAAGCAAUUGCAACUUUCUAUAUCCAAAGAUUUAGCAGAUCGGUUUAAUUUAAGGUCAAGACAGGAAGUCUAUGUGGAACUGAUUGAUCCCACAUCUGUUUCAGUUGAUCAUAUCGAACUGGCAUUUAAAGAACAAUAUCUAAGUCGAAGUGACAUGUGGAGGUUACAGCAAAGUCUCAAAAGUACUUGCGCCUACCUUGAAAAAAAGAUUCUUUUUGCAGGAUCUAUAAAAGCUACCGUCAAGCGAAUGUUCAGAGCUAGGCAGGAAAUCGCCUCAGGCUAUAUCACAGAGCAUACACGACUGAUAUUUCGAUCAGCCUCAGCCAAGUACUUUUUAUUUAUACAAAUGUCUAAAGAGAUGUGGGAGUUUGAUGAAGACGGGGAACUUUAUUUUGAAAAGGCAGUUAGCAACUUUUUGCCUCAACUUUUUAGUCGCUGGAAAGAAGAAGGAGCGAACCAUGUUGUAUCCAUUGUCUUGUUCACACGUGUUUUUUAUGAAGCUCAUAACGGAGAUCCAUUACUCAACAAGGCAGAGGAUGGAAGAUACUAUAAGGACUUUUACAAGGUAUUAGCAGACUGGGAGACAUCAGAUGACUGGAUGUCGAUCAUUGGACAGCUCAAGAAAGAGCAAGCAAAUUUUCAGCCUACUGUUCUCUUACGAUCAGAACCAGAUGGACGACAAGUGAUGAGCGGUCAAAUAUCGAUGGCCUUUGAAGGCAAUGUGCUCGAAGCCAUCAACCUAGCAUUGAAUCCCUUUGACAAGCACUAUGUUGAUCGCGAUUUAAUGCGAACGGGUCUGUCCAUCAUUCUGAUCACACCUGGCGUAGGCAAAUUUUCAGUGAAUAAAAAACUUUUGCGAUUGACAAACGAAAGGAUGACAGACAAUGGAAUUGCUAUGGACCUUGUGUGUCUGUCGCCCCUUCCUUUACAUAUCACACCACUUAUGUACUAUAUGGACGCGCCUUUGGCUAUAGAUGAAAACGAGAGUAGGAAACAGUUUACAAACUUUGGUGCAUCACCUGAAAAAUCAACGACGACGACAAAGGUACUUGGCUACAUGGAUCCUCUUUAUCAGGAUAAUGACGAUAAACCAACCAAAAAGUACUUUAAUGUUCCCCAUUGGGUCGACUGCAGCUUUUACCAUCACGAAACAGGUCGAUUCUUAAAGCAGGAUAAGUUUAAAACGAGAUGUAAAAUGUAUGAGCUUCAGAUGAUGGGUAUUAUGGAACAUGAUCUCAAAGGAAUUUCUGUACCUUACCUGUCUGAACAUCAAAAAUCUAUACGGCCUCAAAAGAGUAGUAGUAGCUUGACCGAAAAGAUGACCUCAAGCCACGAAGAGGCAACAACUUACCUUUCAAGAUCUGCUAAUAUAUCCACAAGUAUACGAAGAUCGUCCUUUUUAGCGGCAAAUAGCGAAAUAACCUCCAGUUACUCAAGGCGUGCCUAUGAGGCUUACGAUGCUAGUCUCUUCAAGAGUACCCCAGAACCACGAUUUUAUAAAAAACCCGUUUCGGCAACGAAAAUGAUAAAGACUUUUCACAAUGCAAAGAGUCCAGAAGACAGCCCCGAGAAAAUAGAGAACGCCAACGAGUUUUGGAAGAACGCAGGUAGCCGGCAUAAAUCAACCACGACUUGGCAUUACACUGGAGAACAGCGUCGUAUACCUUCUAUUAUCUCACAAUCGAUGGGUACCAAAGGCCCCUUGGAUAGAAAAGAAGAGUUAAAAGGUUCAGAGCCAUCACCAACAUAUGCAAAAGAUGACCGUUUUCGAUCGUUACGGAGAGGAACAAUGAACAGUACCGACGGUAAAUACGCAUCAGUCUCGAUGAACUUGCCAUUUGAUCGAGGGGAGGACGAUGAUGCUGUUGUUGUCAGUAGUAGCACGGUCGAUCCAGUGCCAAUUAAGCUGAGAGGUGAUAUGAACAAUCGAGCAUCCACAACGACAAACAAGACGAAUCACUCACCACGGAGUUUACCUUCAAUUCACAAGCAGUCAGGUAAUAGCGACCUAGUGUUGCGCACAAGCGUCAAUCGAUCUUCACCUUCACAUACCUUGAAUCGAACCUGCAAGUAUAUCCUGAUCAACCCAUGCAACCCUUCAGACAACCCAAAUCUGUUUACCUCUCAUUUACGGCGCUGGCAGCACGCUCUACCUAAAGCCGCAAGCUUUGAUGGACCGGUUGUCCACUGGCGAUCAUUAGUCACGCCAGCUUGCUUACCUCUCACUACAGAUUAUUUUCCAUCAAAUGAGGAACUUGCAGCACGGUACAACCAUUAUAUGUAUACUGUAUCAGCCAGCGAAGACGCCAAUCUGUAUCAAGCAGGCGACCAAAACCUGUCAGAACACAAAAAGACCGAAAACUUGUUAAUCGAAAUGUUGAGUCAACGAUUAGCCCAAGGAUUUCAAAUUAUUGUCGACAUCACAGGAAGUUCACAAGGCACAAAGCCAAAGGAGCCUGCUGCGCCUAUCUCUGCUCUAGGAGGCAGUCUCUUGGGCAAGGACAAGGAUAUGCGAAGCAGCAACAAUACCAUUUCUAGCGUGACGACAGCUGUGAGUAACGCGAAACUAGCACAGACCGGGGUAAUAAGCACAGACCAACAGCAGCAAGAAGAAGGCGAAAAAAUGAGAUGGAAGCAUAUGGUGUGGUGGCUAUCGAUGGGGCACCAAGUUCAUCAGCUAACAUUUGAUUCUUCUGGUCAAAACGUGGAAGUAAGAAGAUAUGUUCGAAUCAUUGACUUUGAUAUCAACAAGAUCAAUUACCAGUGCGCCAUAUGGCCCAAGAACAUGCCUAUGUAUCGUCCAAAGUUUGUAACAUUUAACUAUCCUAGUUUACUCUAUGCCUGGAAUUACUUGGACCAUCUCGUCGCAGGAUACCAGGAGGAGUUGACAGAUAAUCUGAGGUUCUGGCGUGCGCGGUUCAUACUCAUACCUCGAGAGACCUUGCCGACAAAUAUUACGUUCCCUGCUGCACUUCAUGACCACUUGGACGAAGAAGAAAAGCGGAUUGCCCUGUUUGAGCUGUGGGUACAAAAUAUGCGCAAGGCAAAAUGGCUGACGCCUGAGGAGCGCGAAGAGCUGCAAAAAAAAAGGAAAAGGGAAAUUUCUGACCUUGGUAUUCGACUGACCACGAUGGAUCCUUCGGCCUAUGUAGCCAGUGAUGCCGUCAGAACAAAUCCCACAAGCUUACCAGAGUCAAAGAGUCAUUGGUUCACAGUGUUGACAAAGGAAUCCAAGACAAAGGAUAUAGCAGCGGCUAUGCAGGAUCCAAGAGGAGGGUUAAAAAUUAUGGACCGACGGUGGCAUUUUAAAAUGUAUCACGAUGUUUUCACGGGUAGCGAAUGUGUAGACUGGUUGAUUAGCCAGCUUGAAGAUAUCACCACACGUGAACAAGCGGUUCAAUUUGGCAACUCACUCAUGCAGCGAAAACCACCAUUGUUUGUCUCAGCAACGAAACGCCAUAGUUUUUUAGAUGGCAACUAUUUUUAUACACUACAUGAAGAAUUUGUAGUUGACAAGAAAAAGUCAAAGACGACAACAACAGCACGCAAGACGCAUCAUACGAAUGAAAACAACCAAGAGCUCAAGCAGGUACCCAGUCAGUCAAGCACGGCGACAUCUAACAAGCGUGUUGAUUUCCAUAUGUCUCAGUCAAUGAUCAUUGAUGUUGAUCCAUACAAGAAGAGUGACAGACGAGAGACGGCUAUUUUGCAUUAUGACAUUAUCCAUAACCCCAAAAACUGCUACCACUUCCAAAUCAAUUGGCUCGGAUGUACUGCUCAGCUCAUUCAAGAAUUAGUUCAAAACUGGGGACGUCAAGCGGAACGAUGUGGGUUGAAACUUGUCGAAGGAUCAGUUGAACAAGCCUAUGAGGACUUUGAGAACGAUAACCCUUUCCAAUGUCCGGUGCCAAUUCCCUUGGCCGUAUCACCACCAUCAGUGGAAGAACUGAUGACAGCUGCCAAGAUUGAUGUACCUACGCAGUUUUAUGAGAUUGCUCUUGUGCGCCACUUGGACUUUGUUCUUGACGUAGAAGCCGAUUUGAAAUUUGCCAAGGCCGAGCAUGUCGAUCUGCAGUACUCAUACAUCAAGGACGUCUACAAGUACGAUCAAUAUAUUCAUCGAUCGGGGGUUGCCUUUGUCCAGAUCCGCCCAAACAAGGAAGGAUUCUUUUGGGUGAACAAUCGACUGCAUGCAAACCAUACGCCGGCACUCAGUCGCCGACAGACAAAUGCUCAGCAUCCAGACACUCUGCGUAUUAAAUUUCAGGAGCAUUGCUCCGAUGUUCAGUGGCUGACCGAGUUUUGGGAAACAACACGGGCUCACUUUUUACAAGGAGUAUCAGAGCAUGCAGCUUGGGUUUAUGAAAAUUCAAGUGCUAUUGUAGAGACAACAGAGCAUGACUUUGAAGACAAUAUCACACACUAAAGUUUGUUUCACGUGGUGUGUGAUACAACAUAUAUUGUAUAAAAAUUAUGUUGUCACACUAUGUGCUGCAAUUGUCAAGGUAUGUGCUUCAACCAUUAUCUGUGCACCUUGGUUACUUUAGUAAACAAGGCCCAAGUGCUAUCAUUUAUCAAAAGUGUAAAAUAUAUAAUAGUAAAGGUUACUUUAAUACCCAAGAUGCAAAACAAAAAAAAGAAGUCAAUGCAAAAUUAAACAAAGGGAGGAGAAGAAGAAAAAAAAAGGGGGGAGGAUUCAU